UAAUUUCUAUUGCGCACGCGCACUGCUGCUACCAACUGACUUCUUCUUGACUCGUGGAAUAUCCGAUCGUGGAACUUCAUUGUUUGGCAGAGCGUCGAAGCGAGAGUAUUCACGCUAUUUGCUAAGCACCAUCCCACACAAGAGCAAUCAUGAUUGCAAUUGCGAUUCUUUCUACUCUGUUGGUAGCGGCUUCAGCCGAAUACUGUUACAAUGAUGUAGAAGCUGCCUGCAGCUCCAGGCCUCUCAACACCGAUGCCCCACUCCUUGCAAAUUGUAACGCUAAGUAUGGCUCCUUCGAAAGUCUUCAGGCUGACAUGCAAGCCUAUGCCAAUGCUAACAUUGAAACAAGCUUCGAAUACCUAUUGAUGUCAACACACUUUGGAAAUUAUGAGGUAAACCGAGAAGGUUUUAAAGGACUGUACAGAAAGUUAUCAGACAAAGCUUGGGAUGACGCCAUUGACGUUAUUAAAUUCAUUGCCAAGCGUGGUGGAAGAAUGAACUUCAACCAGCUGCCACGAUUCAAGAAGAAUGGUAAGGAGAGCAGAAUCCUCGAAUUGACGGAAUUGAACAGCCUAGCCAAGGCCCUGGACACUCAGAAACAGCUUGCCGACGAGGCCCUGCGUCUCCACGGACAAGCGACCCAGCACAGCAAGCAGGAUGCUUCUGUGGCUCAUUACCUAGAGGAACACUUCGUUGAGAAACAAGCCGACACCGUACGCGAUCUUGCUGGUCACACGAACGAUCUCAAGAGCCUCCUUGGGGAUCGCGACGCCUCUGUGUCCGUAUUCCUAUUCGACGAGUACAUCAAGAAGACUCUGUAAAAUUAUUAAAGUUCUAUUGUGACGGUCGCCUAUUAUUGUUUGUAAUUAUCCACAGACUGCUACAAGAAUUUAAGUGAAUUAUAAUAUAUAAUAAAAAUAUAAUAUCCUAAUAAGGUGAUUAGUACAUUUGACACUGAGUAUAAAUAAACUAGAGAUGCCCGUAUAA